AUGAUCGGCAAUAACCCCGAGACCGCCGACGUUGAGAAGACGUCGAUGGAUGCUGGCCAUCGCGUUCUCGUUCCAGAUGCUGCAAAUCGUCGGAUCAGACAGGCGUUCGAUCGCCGAGUCCUGCCCAUCAUCUGCUGUCUCUAUAUCCUCUCCUAUCUCGACCGUGGUAAUAUUGGCAACGCCAAAACCGCCGGGGCACAACAUGAUCUCAAUCUCGACUCCUCGCAAUGGGCUUGGGUACUUAACUCGUUUUACAUCGCUUACAUUCUCUUUGAAUGGACAACCAUGUUUUGGAAAAUCUUCCCUGCACAUAUUUAUGUUGCGAUUCUCUGUGUUGGCUGGGGUGCUGCUGCCAUGUGUUCGGGCGCGGCUCGAAAUAUGUCCCACUUGAUCGUCACCCGUGUUUUCUUAGGGAUCUUCGAGGCAACCUUUGGUGCUGGCGCCCCUUUUUUUCUAUCAUGCAUCUACAAACGAGGCGAGCUCGGUCUUCGAAUGUCGAUCCUGCUAGGCAUGUCGCCGCUCGCCAAUACCUUCGCCUCAAGUUUAGCAUAUGGCAUUACCCAUAUUCGAGGAUCUUUGGAGCCAUGGAGGCUCUUGUUCAUCAUUGAGGGCGCCCCUACUGUCCUAUUUGCGCCGGUUGUCUACUUCUUCUUGAUUGACUCUCCGGCCACUGCCAAGUUCCUCACCGACCAAGAGAAGACAUUUGCUAUCGAACGCCUACAAGUCCGCGACAACACAUCACGAGGCACCGUCAGCUGGAAGCAAAUCGUCGCUGGGAUGCUGGAUUAUAAGAACUAUAUUCACGCUAUUAUUCAUUUCUGCUGCAAUUUUUCCUUUGCAGCUCUAUCCAACUUUCUUCCUACUAUCAUUAACAGCAUAGGAUAUGACUCCAUUACAGCUCAGGGCUUGACAGCACCUGUGUACUUGGCUGCAUUUCUUCUUUGCAUUCUUUCAGCAUUUGCCUCUGAUAAGUACGGGAACCGCGGGUUUAUUGUUGCUGGGUUUGCAGCCAUGGGUGCGACUGGUUACGGCAUCCUAGCUGGCAUGGAGAAGGCGGCGCUCAGGUAUCUCGGAGUGUGGUUCUCUGCGUGUGGCAUCUUUCCGGCGCUCGCCAUCAACAUCACCUGGCUGCUCAACAAUCAAGGCGGAGACUCGAAGAAAGGCGCCGGUCUUGCCAUUUCACUAAUCCUUGGGCAAUGCUCAUCCCUCAUUAGCAGCACAGUCUUCCCAUCCGAAGACGCGCCCCUCUUUAGGACAGGAUGUGCCAUCGGCUGCGGCAUGAGCGGUGUCAUAGUGCUUCUGUCGCUAGGCAUGCACUUCGCUCUGGCAAGAGAGAAUAGGCGUAAAGAUGAACUAUAUGGGCCGGUGGAUUCUGAUGUACAAGUGGAUGUCUCUGAGGAGGGGGAUUAUGACCGUCACUUUCGAUAUUUCACGUGA